CCACACGCGAUUUCCCCCACUCUCCCCGUUUCCUCCCUCGAUUUCUCCAAAUCUUUUCUUCUCCUUCUCCACCAGCGAUUAGUUUGUUGUUUCCGGCAUCACUCCGCAAUAAGCCGCCCCCGCCCCCGCCUCCGCCGCGCUGGCCCUCGUCGUUUCCUUCCCCAAUUCCGCCGCCCCUCCCAGCCCGAUAUUUAUUCCCUGCCUCGGCAUCCAUUUCAAGUUGGUAGAUUUUUCCGGCUCGUCGUUGCUAGUGGUAAUAUCCGCGCUGGGAUAUUUCCCCUUUUGCUUUCUUGGCCGCGCGCGUCCAGCCCCCCCGGUGGCCUCCGGAUCUUUCGAUCGCCGCGAGCAGGCGGCUCAAGAUAGUUCGUGAAUAGGACGGCUGCUAGGCAGGUUAGGUUCGUGAUAGACGAUGAAAUCCGGGGAGGAAGUUAGUCAGGGUCAGCAAAUGGACGGUUUUGUGGAGGAGAAAGCUGCUGGGGAGUCGAGGGAUGGUCAGAAGAUCGAGAGGAGCCCUUCUAUCAAUCUGAAUUCCUUGCCUGCAAUGGCCCCUGCCGCUGCGGAGAUUGGUGUCUUGCACGGCGCAGCGGAGUCAGAGGCCAACGAUGCAAGCACUCAGAAGGGAGAUGAGUCCAGUGGCACUGAUCAGAAGAAGGUCCCGAAGAAUGAGGAAGUUGAUGAAGGCGAAAUUCAGGGCCGUGCAGACAUGAAGAGCGACUCGGUUGACCCUUUGAACAGCGAGAACCAUGCCGGGGAGAAGGAUGCUUUGGUAACUGUGCCAGAAAAUGAGGGGCGUGCGGAUGGUGGCGAUAAUUAUAAGGGAGUUCAAGUUCUCAGCAUUGUCAAAAAGGAUGAGCCUGAGGAAAUUGUUGAUUCUAUUAAUCCUGUAACGGUUGCGGAGUAUAGAGAGGAGAAGGGCGCCACCAGUUCUACUUCUGCAAUUACUGCGGUGCGAGCACCAGGCUCCCGGUCGUCUUGUUACCAUGGUGUGACCAGGCAUAGGUGGAGUGGGAAAUAUGAAGCUCAUUUGUGGGACAGUACUUGCAGAGUAGAAGGACGGAGAAGGAAAGGGAAGCAAGUUUAUUUAGGAAGUUAUGAUACUGAGCAAAAAGCUGCCAGGGCAUAUGAUGUUGCAGCUCUUAAAUACUGGGGACUAAAUACAAAGCUGAACUUUUCGAUUUCAGAAUAUGAAAAGGAACUGGCGGACAUACAAGACAUGUCUCCAGAGGAAUGUGUGACAUACUUGCGAAGGAGGAGCAGCUGCUUCUCAAGAGGGGCUUCUAUUUACAGAGGAGUUACAAGGAGGCAGAAAGAUGGUCGAUGGCAGGCCCGCAUAGGACUGAUUGCUGGAACUAGAGACAUUUACCUUGGAACUUUCAAAACCGAGGAAGAAGCUGCAGAAGCAUAUGAUAUUGCUGCCAUUGAGAUACGUGGGAAAAACGCGGUGACCAACUUUGACCGAAGCAACUACAUGGACAGGGGCAUGCAUUGUAUAGAAGGGGCAGGGUUGAAGCUGCUUGCAACGAAGCCAGAAUGAUUUGAUAUCGUAUAUUGAACAGAUUUGGUAAGCCAUAUUUUGGGGCUUAGUGGUACAUACAAGAUAGAAGAACUGGUCGCAGCCUGUCAGUAUUUGCUGCUGUAUGAUUCUUCAGAUUAUAUAUAGUUCUUCCAGAGAGAAUUUCAGUCAUUUAGCAAGCUUUGUGUCCAGGACAAGAUUUUGACCAUGUAUUACUGUUAUAGUUUUUGUAGGCUAGACUUGCACUGGAAGAUGUUGCUUCAUUUCACAUGUCUAAGACGGAGAAUAUGUUUUCCUUCUAAGUUUUGAUGCUUGGUUUAAUGAAAUAUUCAAGUGUAUA